AUGUCUAUUACUGCACAAUUGGAGAAUGCCAGAUCGUUGGUUAAGGACAAAAAUUAUAAAGAAGCUGAGACUAUCUAUUUAACUAUCUUAGAAUCAGAAUUUGAAGGUGAUAAUACAGACGCAAUUAAAAAUACUAAAGAAUCAUGUAUCUUGGAAUUGGGAGAUAUUUACGUUGCCACUGAACAGAAGGAUAAAAUGAGAGAAUUCAUACCUCAUUCAAGAGAUUACAUGUCACAAUUUGCAAAAUCUAAAACUGCAAAAGUUUUAAAACAAUUGAUUGAAAAAUUCGAACAGGUGCCAAACUCGUUAGAUGAUCAAAUAUACGUUGUAGAACAAAGCAUACUUUAUGCUAAGAAUGAAAAAAGAAUUUUCUUAAAGAAUUCUUUAAGCAUAAAAUUAGCAACUUAUUUAUAUUUGACUAAAAAUUAUAAGAAAUCAAUAGAUUUGAUCAAUGAGUUAUUAACAGAAUUCAAAAAGUUAGAUGAUAAACCAUCGUUAGUUGACGUUCAUCUAUUAGAAUCACAAGUUUAUCAUAAGUUAAGAAAUUUAGUGAAGUCAAAAGCUGCUCUAACUGCUUCAAGAACAGCUGCUAAUUCAAUUUACUGCUCUUCAUCAACAAUGGCGGAAUUGGAUUUAAUGAGUGGUAUUUUGCAUUGUGAAGAUAAAGACUAUAAAACUGCAUACUCAUAUUUUUACGAAAGUUUCGAAGGGUUCCACAAUUUAUCCACUCAUAAUUCAUUCGAAAAAGCUUGUAAAGUAUUAAAAUAUAUGUUAUUAUCAAAAAUUAUGUUAAACUUAAUUGACGAUGUUAAUACAAUUUUGAGUGCAAAAUCUACAAAAGAAAUAUACCAAUCACGUGAAAUUGACGCAAUGAAAUCAAUCGCAGAUGCAUACAAUAAUAGAUCUUUAUUUGAAUUCAAUUCCACUCUAAAUACUUAUAACGACGAACUAAAAAAUGAUGAUUUGAUUAGAUCUCACUUUAACGCUCUAUACGAUACUCUAUUAGAAUCCAAUUUAUGCAAAAUUAUAGAACCUUUUGAAUGUGUUGAAGUUUCUCAUAUCUCAAAAAUUAUUGGUCUAAGCAUUGACCAAGUGGAAGGUAAAUUGUCACAAAUGAUUUUAGAUAAUGUAUUUUUUGGUGUCUUAGAUCAAGGCAAUGGAUGGUUAUAUAUAUAUGAAUCUCCACAAAAGGAUGCAGCUUAUAAUUCUUCUCUAGAAUUAAUUGGUGAAUUGAACAAAGCUGUUGAUCAAUUGUUCGAAAAGGCAAACGUAUUGAACUAG